CAUCACUUUCUGACGAUUUGGUAAAAUAAUUCAGAUUUAAACAUCUCUCUGCAAUUGCAAUUAUUUCUCUCACGACGUAUUUUGCAAAACGUGAUAACGUUUAUUAACUGAGACGCAAAUGUGGUGCCUGUUCAGAGGAAUUCAACACCUCAACCUUGGAAUCUGAAAACGUCGGUUGUGAAGCGCGACUGAUCCAAUCGUCGAAGAAAUUAUCCGAUCGACAUGGAAGCGGUCGAGGAGAGCAAGCCCAACGUUCUUCGCGAGAUCGCGAGUGAGGAGGAGCUGGCGCAAAUCCCGAGAGAAUUAACGAGGAAGAUCAAUGCGCAUUUUAAUGCAAAGUUCGAGGAGUUCAUAACCGCCAAGGCGGUUUUCGAGACUAGCCGAAAAUAUUUGGAGCAAAAUUUAGAGACGGCGCAGAAGGAACUUGCAGAGCAGAAGUUGGAUCUUGACGAGUGUAGAGGGACGUUGGAGCUAGCGGAAAAGAGCAAUACAGAAGUAUGUAGCAAUCUUGAGGAAGUAAAAAUUGAAGUGCACAGAUUACAGGAAUCUGUCAAACGGUUGGAGAAGGAAAAUUGUGAAUUACGUAGGCAGAGAGACACAGUUACGGAUGAGGCUAAUGCAUUACAACUGCAAGUUGAAAGGCGGGAUUCCGAAAUUGAAAGAUUGCGUACCGAAUUGUCCUCUUUAAGCUCUCAGCUUCAAACCAUUGCGACCAAGUGCCAAACUCUUGGACAGAAAUAUUCGCGUCGUAUUCUAUUAAAAAGUCAUUCCAAUUGUGUCAACAGUAUGAAACUCUCUUCGGAUGAGUCCAGCGACUUAUAUAACUACAUUUUAUAAUAUUAUAACUUUUUUAUAUAAAAUUAAACUAAAACAAAUUAUAGUUUCGACUAAAAGUUAAAAAGUUGGAACAUAUCCGAUAUAUCGAAUGCAUUGUAUUGACAUUUAUAUUUGCACGUAUUUCCGAUUUCGUGGCAUAUCAUACAACUUGCUAGGUACUUAUGGAAUUAGAGAAAACUAGAGAAGAAAAUAAAGAAAUGAGAGUAGAAUCGACAGUUCUUCUUCUGAAAUAAAAGCCACAAUUGCAUAUGUAAUGUUAUAGUUCUCACAUGUUUACCCAAAUAGCAAAGUGACGUCAAGUGACAUCUUAAUAACGUCUGACGUCUAUGACGUCUAUGACGUCAAUAAGACGUCUGUAGACGUCAUCUUUGCUACUUGGGUAUUGUCAAGAAUGUCGAAGUAGUAAUUUAAAGUUUAUAAUUAAAAUAAUACCGUGUUGGAUAAUUUUCGCCGUUGGUAAGUUUCGUCAUUAUUGAAAAUCUAAAUUUUCUUUUUCAACAAUAUCAAGUUAUUUUUACCGCGCGUACUUGGCGCGUGACACUACCGUGUGUCUUAAGUCUAAAUUAAGAACUAUAUUUAAAAAUUGCAUAGAAAAAUAAUUAAUUUUAUAAAUCUAAUAGUGUAACUAA